AAAGAUGCUGAAGAUAAGCGGAGAAACAGAGGAGAGAUUGGCCCAGGAGCUGAUUCAGUUUGAGUUUCAGAUAGAGAGAGAUGUGGUGGAGCCUCUCUACGUGCUGGCUGAGGUGGAUAUUCCCAACAUCCAGAAACAGAGAAAACACUUAGCUAAACUUGUUUUGGACAUGGACUCUGCACGAACAAGAUUUCAGCAGUCAUCAAAGUCGUCCAGUCACCCGAGCACACUUCAGCCUGGAGCCAAGUCUGAGUCUCUGCGUGAGGAGAUGGAGGAGGCCGCCACCCGAAUGGAGAUCUGCAGGGAUCAAUUGUCAGCAGACAUGUACAAUUUUGUGGCCAAAGAAAUAGACUAUGCAAACUACUUCCAGACGUUGAUAGAAACACAGGCCGAAUACCAUCGGAAAUCAUUAGAGAUUCUUCACAGUAUUCUGCCUCAGAUUAAAGCGCAGCAAGAAGCGUGGGUAGAGAAGCCGUCGUUUGGCAAGUCCCUAGAAGAGCACCUGAACAUUAGCGGGAGAGAAAUCGCCUUCCCCAUCGAGGCCUGUGUCACUAUGCUACUGGAGUGUGGCAUGCAGGAGGAGGGUCUCUUUAGAGUAGCUCCAUCUGCGUCAAAGCUGAAGAAGCUAAAGGCCUCUUUGGACUGUGGGGUUCUGGAUGUGCAGGAGUACUCCUCUGAUCCACACGCCAUAGCAGGGGCAUUAAAAUCUUACCUCCGCGAACUCCCAGAGCCACUAAUGACCACAGAACUUUAUGACGAAUGGAUACAGGCUUCCAACAUUCAAGAUAUGGACAAAAGAUUACAAGCACUUAUGGCAACUUGUGAAAAACUUCCCACAGACAAUUUGAACAAUUUCAGAUAUUUAAUUAAAUUCUUGGCCAAGCUGAGUGAAUAUCAGGAAUCAAACAAGAUGACGCCCGGUAACAUGGCGAUUGUCCUCGGCCCCAAUUUGCUGUGGACACACACUGAACCGAACAUGACUGAGAUGAUGACAACAGUGUCCCUGCAGAUAGUUGGCAUUAUUGAACCUAUUAUUCAGCAUGCUGAUUGGUUCUUUCCUGGAGAAAUUGAGUUUAACCUGACUGGCUGCUACGGGAGCCCGGUCCACACCAACCACAACUCCAACUACAGCUCCAUGCCCUCACCAGACAUGGACCAAUCAGAACGCAAGCAGCCGCACGACCAAAGCCGUCGCCCACUGAGUGUUGCCACGGACAACAUGAUGCUCGAAUUUUACAAGAAGGAUGGCAUUAGGAAAAUACAAAGUAUGGGCGUUAGGGUGAUGGAUACCACCUGGGUCUCUCGUAAGGGCUCAUCCACAUUGUCGAGGAAGACUUCAUCCACUCCCCCGGGAAUGCCCGCUCCAGGCUCCUCUGCAGACUCACUGAUCCCAGAACAGCCUGGGGAGUUUGUGACAUCACCCUCUGCCACACCUCCACUCAGUGACCGGGCCUGCUCAGAGCUCGUGUUACCCAAUCGGCCGGACACCUCUCAUGCCCACCCACCUCAGGGGGAGGACCGGCCCCCUCCUCCUUACCCCAUGUCUUCGUGCCACAGUAUGACACACCACUUCUACCCCAAACCCCCGCCCUGUGCCCGUCCGGUGGCACCAGGUCCAGAGUCUCAGCCCCCUGGAUCACCUCCAGCACCCCUUCGCUGGUCUGGCUUUACACCCCCAGCCCCACCCCCCUCCUCCUCAUCUUCGUCCUCUUCCUCCUCACUUGAUAUAAAUUCAAACCCCAAACCCAGCUGUCUGCACUUUGCCAAGCACAGUCCUCCGGGUGACGUACCACAUGCCCCUCCACCACCAGACACAAGCGCGUCACCUCUGUACAUCAAAACGCCCCUGGUUCUCACCCGCCACGAUCAGGCCUUUGGUAACCCCCCUAGCCUCCCUUCAUCUGCACCCCCGCCCCCUCCAUGGGCUGCUUGUUCAAGUGCCAGAGAGAGAGGACCCCCCAGACUGACUAGUUCCCUGAAGAGUAAGGAGCUCUCCCCUGUGAUUGGACACAAAGCCAUCCAGGUGGCAACUCCAACAGUUCCUCCUAACUGUAGCCCCCAGACCAGCACCCAGUGCCCCCACUCUACAGAGCACAGCCCACACUCUUUGCGCAAAGGUUCUAAGAAACUGGCCCCAGUGCCUCCCAAAGUCCCAUACUGUCAGUCUGGUGGAAUGCCUGACCAGUCUGCGGGACAGCCAUCACCCGUCAGCCUGUCUCCCACUCCUCCUAGUACCCCCUCGCCCUACGGACUGAGCUGUCCACCUGGGCCGCUUCCCCCCUCUUCUCCAGGACAGACCCCACUUGGAGGACCACAUUCUCUGUCAUCCCCACCCUCUUUAACAGGAACACUUACCAAGUCCCGCCCUGCUCCUAAACCCCGGCAGAGACCCAGCCUGCCACCCCCCCAGCCCCCCUCAGUGCCCUCUGGACUCAUUGGACCCAGCUCCGCCUCUGUGCCACAGCCUUUGGAGCAGGGUCUGAUGGAUGGCCUGUCGCCUGGAGAGAGCUUGUCCACAGAUAUCUUCAAUUAUGAAAUCCCCUCCAUCAAUGUCAAUCUGGACAGCCUCAUCGAUGAGUUCAGCGGCGCCCCCUGCAGGCGGUCCAUGGGAGUGACAGACUCUCCAGAAGGGGAUGCUGUGGCUGAGGAGGAGCCCCAAAGUACCACUCUAUGACACUAAGGCACCACAGCUUUCAGCGCCUCUAAUCGUGUUCACUCUGCUUACUAAGGUGACCAAUGUCUGAUGGAAAACAGUUGGCCUCACCUAUGCCCACCUGAGCCCUGCCUAACCUGUUGCACAUCAGCUAGACAGCAAAGAUCCAGUAUUAUAGUUAA